UUUGAUCUGUAUGAUUAAAAGGUUACAUAACCUCAUUGUCAGCUGACCGGUCAAGUCUGUAAGACUUCCCGGGAAAAAACGAAAGUUAGACGAACAGAAGAGAAGAGCCAUGGAGAUGAAGGACAUCGCCAAAGGUAAAGAAGAAAAAAAAAAAGAAGAUAAAGGAGCAACUGAACUGACGCUGGAAAGCAAAACUAAAGAGGAAGCAGAACCCUACCACUACUCUAAACUACAGUGUCCACCUGAGGACAUCUAUUUGGAGGCUUGUGUUGGCGACUCUCCAGUUAAAACAAAAGCUGGAAAACAGACUGGGGGAACAGCACGUCUGUACCGUGCUGGGUGUUUAUUCCUGACAAUAAUCUGCCUGAUCCUGCUGCUGGUCAUCAUUGUCCUCAGUUUGAAAUUCCAAAAUGGAUCCACAGUCUGCCCAGAGAGAGAGGAAAUAAAGAUAGCGGACAAGCAAGUCCCUUCAUUUGCUCCAACAUGCAACUACGAACAAUGCCAGGCCCACUUCCACAAAAUUCAACCCCAUGAUCACGGCUGCCAGCAGUGUGCAGAUGGCUGGCUGACUUUUGGACGAACGUGCUUUUACCUGUCCACCUUCAGGCUUAGCUGGGAUCAGAGCCAGAGGAACUGCACCUCUAGAGGAGGGUCUCUGGCUGUCAUCACCAACCAGAGAGUUCAGAGUUUUCUGACUAAGGAAGGGAACCUGAAGUACUGGAUCGGGCUGAGACAGAAAGAAAACUCGUGGAGCUGGGUCAACGACACUAUGCUGCGAGAGAGUUAUUGGGCAGGAGGCAUACAAACAGGGGAUUGUGGGAUCCUGAUUGGUGGAAGCCCAUCUGAGAAGAACUGGGUCAAGGCGCCGUGCAAACACUACACCUACUUCAUCUGUCAGCUGCAGCUCUGAUAGCAUCGUCUUUUUAACCGGAAGACAAGCAAACCUAUUCUUGGUCAACAAGCAUCAACGCUUCCAUAACAUUUCAAAUCAUUUCUCUUUCAACUUCACACUUCAAUCAGUACUAUCCAGACAAGAAAGAUAAUGUCGCUUCAUAGAUUUUAGAUGGUUUGUAUUUAACACCUGUGGUGCUGUUUAGUCAGAUUUUUGUAAAUUAUAUUUUCUUGCGGGAUUGUAUAGCAUCAUUUGGACUCUAAUAUAUCACUAAUGAUCCUUGUAAGCACUAUGAGGGUAUCUCACUCUUACUGUAUGAUUUCUUACACUGCUGUAUGACCAAUAGACACUAGUGACUUUGUUUCAACAAGGUUUUAUUCCCAUAUAAAAAUGUUCAUGCAUCUACAUAAUAA